ACCAAUGUUCUCGGAGCAAACUGAAAACGGUUCAUUGAAGGAAGCAGAGAGAAAGGGGCCGAGCGAAACUGACAGCGGACUGCAUUUUGGGCUGGGGGAUUGUGGUCAGGGAGUAAAAGCAAGACGGACGCGUGUGUGUAAGAAAGAUCUAUCCACUGGCGAAGAAAUGGCAGAGGUUAGCGAGAUUUUGAUGUCUGUUUUGUCCACAGUUAGGGUUCCAAGGCCCGGGGAUCGUGUCCAUAAAGACGAAUGCGCCUUGUCAUUUGCCUCCCCGGAGAGCGAGGGUGGCUUGUAUGUGUGCAUGAACAGUUUCCUUGGUUUUGGAAGUCAGUUUGUGGAGCGGCAUCACGCCCGAACCGGUCAGAGAGCCUACUUGCACAUUACCCGAACACGCAAGUCUCAGAAAGAGGAUGACAACAGUUCUGGGUCUGGUGAUCCACCCAAGAAGAAGCCCACUCGAUUGGCCAUAGGGAUCGAGGGUGGAUUUGAUGUUGAGCAGGAGCAAUAUGAGGAAGAAGUCAAGGUUGUCCUUUUCCCAGACAGACAGGAAGUGACAUCAGAGGACCUGGCCACUAUGCCUGAUGUCGUGAGAGAACGAGUGUCGCUCUCAAUGACAGGGCUGUUGGCUGCAGACUCAGUGUCACAGACACUACAGGUGCAGCAGUGGGACGGAGAAGUGAGACAGGAGUCCAAACAUGCACCUGACCUCAAACAGCUUGACAACGGAGUCAAAAUCCCCCCCAGUGGGUGGAAGUGUGAGGUCUGCGAACUGCAGGAGAACCUGUGGAUGAAUUUGACUGAUGGCAAGGUCCUAUGUGGGCGACGCUAUUUUGAUGGCUCUGGGGGCAAUAACCAUGCCCUUCAGCACUUCCAGCAGACUGGCUAUCCACUGGCCGUCAAACUAGGCACCAUUACCCCUGACGGAGCUGAUGUCUAUUCAUAUGACGAAGAUGACAUGGUAUUGGACUCAAAGCUGGCAGAGCAUCUCUCCCACUUUGGCAUUGACAUGAUGACCAUGGAGAAGACUGAGCGCACCAUGACAGAGUUGGAGAUAGCGGUGAACCAGCGCGUGGGUGAGUGGGAAGUAAUCCAGGAGUCGGGCACCACUCUGAGGCCCCUGUGGGGCCCGGGCCUUACAGGCAUGAAGAACCUGGGUAACAGCUGCUACCUCAACUCAGUCAUGCAAGUGCUCUUCACCGUCCCGGACUUCCAGGAAAGAUAUGUUUCCAAUAUUGACAAGAUUCUUGAUGAAGCUCCCAGUGAUCCUACCCAGGACUUCAAAACGCAAGUAGCCAAGCUGGGUCAUGGAUUACUCUCGGGAGAAUACUCAAAGCCUGCACCUGACCCAGCAGAUGACCUCAGUGCACCCUCUGAACCCAGGGGGGACCAGGUUGGCAUAGCACCACGCAUGUUCAAAGCCCUUGUUGGCCGGGGCCAUCCUGAAUUUUCCACCAAUCGGCAACAAGAUGCCCAAGAGUUCCUUCUUCACUUUAUCAACAUGGUGGAGCGUAAUUGCCGGUCUGGUCCCAACCCUUCUGAAGCAUUCCGGUUCCUGGUGGAGGAAAGAAUCGUGUGCCAGCAAUCUCAGAAGGCCAAAUAUACCCAACGCGUGGACUACAUAGUUCAGCUACCUGUUCUCAUGGACCAGGCAACUAACGCAGAGGAGUUGCAGGAGGCAGAGCGUCUGCGUGAGGAGGCGGAGUCAACUGGAACCCCUCCCCCUGCUGCUCCCCGAGCUCAGAUCCCAUUCUCCGCCUGCUUGGAUGCUCUCAGUGAACCAGAGACCCUCACAGACUUCUGGAGCUCUGCAGUGCAGGGCAAGACUACUGCCACCAAGACCACACGCUUUGCUUCGUUCCCUGACUAUCUUGUAAUCCAAAUUAAGAAAUUUACUUUUGGUCUUGACUGGGUCCCUAAAAAACUAGACGUCAGCAUUGAUGUUCCCGAUACACUGGAUCUGAGUGCACUCCGGGGGACUGGACAGCAGCCAGGGGAGGAGCUUCUACCAGAGGUGGCCCCACCCCCUCUCAUGACCCCUGACGUGGAGGUCAAAGGUAUCCUGGGUUCCCACGGCACCGAGGAAGACGACUCUCUCUACUCCCCACUGCUGUCACCGGUGCUGGAUGACUCCACUGUGUCUCAGUUGUGUGAGAUGGGCUUUCCCCUGGAGGCCUGCAGGAAGGCAGUGUACUUCACGGGUAACACUGGCAUAGAUGCUGCCAUGAACUGGGUGAUGGGACAUAUGGACGAUGCAGACUUCUCCGCCCCCCUGGUGCUGCCCGGCUCUAGCUCAGCCCCUGGAUCCACACCUACAGAGAGUGUGCCUGAGGAGCAUCUGGCAACCAUAGUAUCCAUGGGAUUCAGCCGAGAUCAAGCUACACGUGCUCUCAGAGCUACGAGUAAUGUUCUGGAGCGGGCAGUGGACUGGAUCUUCUCUCACCUGGACGACCUGGAAUCUAUGGAGGUGUCCGAAGGGGGGCGCUCAGAGGCAGGCAGCGAAGGAAGCCGAGACCCUCCGCCUGGCCCACGUGUCAGAGACGGACCAGGCAAGUAUGAGCUGUUUGCUUUCAUCAGUCACAUGGGCACGAGCACAAUGUGCGGUCACUAUGUCUGCCACAUCAAAAAGGACCAACAGUGGGUAAUCUUUAAUGAUCAGAAAGUAUGUGCCUCUGAAAAACCACCCAAGGACUUGGGAUACCUGUACUUCUACAGAAGAGUGGCAGAAUAGAAAACAUCUCACACACAAGUACACACACCUGUCUUAGCUGCUGAGGGGUGCGUGGGAGGGGGCAUACUCAAGCUUUUCAACUGACACAUGAGUUGUUUUUUUUUUUUUUGUUUUUUUUUAAGGUUUAUGUUUGUUUUUUAUUUUGUUUAAGGAGUCUUGGAACCUCUUCCUUGCAUAAUGCCCACUGCCAGUCAGAGGAGAGAAUUGCAGAAUGACUUAUGUUGGGGGAGUGGGAUCUGCUGUACUCCAGCGAUGGCGGACAGCCCCACUGAACUGCUUGUGGGUGGUCCGGCUCUCACGUGAGCCUUUCUCUCCUCCCCCUGGUUUUGUGGCGCUUACUGUGAGGGCAUCGCUUCUAGAGCAACGCUCUAAUUUCUGGCUCCUCCAUGUGUUCCAAAACUAGGUUUCUGCAAAUGUUUGACGAUCCAUAUUACUAUGUCAUAAAAAUAAACAAACAUUGUAUAUUGGAAGGAGAGCGAGAUGAAAACAAAGUGUCACAAGCCUGGCUAUUCUUGUCAGGUAUUGCAAGGGUCAUAGCAGAGGGGUUUUUCUCCUUUUUGGGGGAAAUUAAUUUUGUUCUUUCUGCUUAAAAAUAAAAAAAUGCAUCUCUUUAA